GCCGCUCCGGGCUUCGAUCGCGCCCGCAGCUGAGAGGGGCGACUCCGCUGCCAAUCAGCAGACGCUGUCGGGCGCGCGAACGCACCGGACGUGUUCUCCGUUCGCUGUCUCGUUCCGCGCGCGGCUUUGACUCGCACCCGACUAGGCUAGUACGUCGCGCAAAAUACGGCGCGGAGUUUUCGGGCGUUGUAGCGCACGGACAGUGCUUCGAACGCAGAGGUUAGCCUCCCCGAAGAAACUUUCCUUCCGGAAGACAAAAGAUCAACGUCAAGUACGCGAAAUCUUCGGUGUCGCCGGACAGGACGGAAACCCAUCUUCAGACGUGAAGAAAAGAAAGUUCACCUUGUUUUUGUGCCCUCACGUCGCAUCGAGGAACUUCGUCGCUAGCACCGGAGACUUGAAUCUUGAGAAUUGAUAACGAAGAUCCUUGGAAAACUUGCUUCUUGCGUGUGUUGUUCGACUGUUUCGUCGCUUACAGCUGCCGCAAUUGCGUGACCGACGCGAAGACCUGCUUGAAGUGAAAAGCUGUGCGGACAAAGUUUUUGUGGAGCGUGAUUGGGGCAUCUGUGAAUAUUUUUGUUGCAUUUGCAUUACUGCGGGAGCUGUCGUCAGUUCGGCGUUGGUGCAUAACUCGCGCCUCUGUUAAAUUGCUGGGUUUUCAGCGAAACUGUAGCAACAGUCGCAUGCAAAUUUGCCGCCGAAUUUCAAAGGUGAGAGGAAAAAUUCAGAACAGUGAGGUCGUCGUCAGGAGCGAAGCUUGCUUUACCGACUGCGCGCUUUCACCGCAGGAGUAGGAGACAUCGCCGGUCAAGAUCGACAUUCGUAAUUCGGAAAUUACGUCCAGAGUAACAAGGUCCCUGAAGUGAACACGUGCGUGGAAUAAUUUGUCUGUUUCGCCAAAAAAAUUUCAUUCACGACGCACCUGCAGCAAAGUUGCAUGCCGAAUUGACGCGUCAUCAUUCAGCGUUCCCAAGUUCCAGAAAACAUUCUGCAACUUCAUUUGAACAGCAACGAAGAACAACCGAGCGAGAUUAAUUGGCGAUCACGGCGCGUGAUUGAGACGCAAAUUGUCCCAGCAUCAUUGUCAUGACGGAAGAGCAAUGAGUUGCAGCAGCAUAUCUAUCACGAUUCAAAUUUUAAUUAGCAUCUGCCAGCAACGUUAACUACAGGACGUCGUAUAGAGUGUUUACGUAGUAGAGUAGGACGCUUUGCGGCCAAUAGUUGUUAGCGCGAUGGGCUAAACUCGGCGCAUUUCUCCGUUAUGCGCUCGCGACGUUCACUCGGCGUCUUCACUUGCAGUUCGUUUUCACCGCACGUUCCGAACUCGCGUCUCUCACGAGGAGAACAAGUUUCCCGUAGGAAGGGUUGAGGUGAUAGCGACUCACCGUGCAAGGGAAUCGUCCAAUCUACUCUUAAAUUUUUCUAAACGAAUAAGCAGGGACGCAAAGAACAGCGUUCUAGAAGACGUCGCGGCACGCGAAGCAACUGUUAGCGUGCCGAUCGGGGCGGGCAGGUCCCCGACAUCGACCGGACCGAAGGGAGAAAAACUGGAGUGCAACUCCGCGGCCUUUCAGCCGCUGUAAUGACGGUGGGCGAAACGCGAAUAGUCCUUGAAUGAUGCGUACUCGUAUCAACCCGAUAGUUCUCGCAGAAGGGGCUCCAAUCUCAGUCACGUGAAUAUUUAAUGGUUCCUGGGUUAGGUGACACAAAAGGAGUGGGCGACAUAAGAACGAACAGGGAAUCGGUUCGCGGGCCAUGAUUUGAUCAGCAAUUUGCGCUUUUUUUGUCUUUGAAAGCGGGUCGUGAGGCGUAGUAAACAGUGAACUUCAGUCACUUUAUUGUCAUUCGUACAAGUUCACAGAAACAUAUUUUGUUUAAAAGCGAACGAACUGUCAUCCUCUUUUCCUUAUGACGCAAUCUCACAAUCUGGAACUUAGAAAGAAAAAAGAAAAACACGUGAACGAGCAAAUAUUUAGAGACCAGAACGUAGUGGCCCACAUUUACAUGUGCGCGAGCACAUCUUAGCCGGUUGACGUUUGCUGGUCAGUUCUUGGCGGAUAAAUCAAAGUUCCUGGACUCACAAAACCAGCGACUUGUUUCACGUACGCAAUGAGCAUGACCUGGCGCAAUUGGCGCGCGACAAAUAUCAUGAAUGACAGUGAGAGAGACGCCGCCGAUUUUGAUUAAAAAGCCUUUGAAUAGAUUUAGAUCCGCGCACGCGUACCACCGUAGUCGGUAAGGUUUGCUAGCAGCACCUAUUCCUACCAAGCUAGGUUCAGCUGUAAAACCUAGCAGUACUGCUGACUCGCCGAUGCGCCAAGCAUUUUCCAGCGCGGAUUAAGCUACUGAGUUGCCUUAGACGAAGGACAUUGUUCAUCAGUGACAGUACAUUUUUCGACUUGGUUACUGAGCCGACCGACCUGAGCAAUUAGGACAAAACGGGAUGAGAAAGAAGAUAUUUACGUUUAGUUUGCGAGCUUGGUUCUUAAGAGCCGUUUGCCAAUCGACCUAAAAGCAGAGUCGUGAAAAUAUUUUGGUGCGGCGGACCACCUUUGAACUCAACGGUGAUGAGGACAGAAGACUGGACGGAACCAAGGAAACUAUUUUCGUGAACUGAUCUCGAUUGACACAGUGCCUGCUGAAACACCAUAAGACCAGCGCCGCCACCAGUUCUCGCGCCUCUCGAAGCAGCAAAGACAGGCAUUGAAGGACACCUCUCGCUAAGACGGGGCCGUGACAAAACACAAGCGCACCAGGAACGCUUCGGAACUGGUUAUGGACAUGCAUUCAGCUGCUCCAUUUCGCUGCAGCUCGGGCUGAGCGGUGAGCGAACCGCGAAAGAGAAGCGUGAAUAAGUGCGAGGCGAGGCCGCGCCUCGAAAGCCAUGUCAAUGUUGGUCCGCAAGGGAACCAUGCUGCACCGCAAGGGCAGCCGACGCUCGUCGCAGCCCAACUUGCGCCGGGCGAGCAUCGCGGUCACCGCAGCUGCGUACUCGGCGUCGCCCUCGUCCCGCCGCCAGUCCAUGGCGGUGCCCGCCUGGUCCCCUGCGGUGGCCGGCAGCGCCUCGUCGUCGUCGCUCAGCCCGCGACACAGCCUCGCGGCGCCCCUGCCGCCUCGCCACCGGGCCAGCCUGACGCCCGUGUCGCCCGUGGCCGGCCCUUCCUCCGACAUGCAGCUGUCGGCACUCAGCGGUUCCUCGGCGGCGACGCGCUGCGUCACCGUGGUCCCCACGGCAGCAGCCGGAGCCAGGUCUCCCAGGGUGUCGCCGAGGCCAUCGCCGCGGGCAUCGCCCCGCAGCUCGCUGUCCGUGCCCGAGAGCGAAGAGCGCAGGCGAUCCAGCUGCACGAUUUCCCUGGACGACCGAAGACGGCUGUACGUGAAGGCCGAGGAAGAGAAGCGGUACACGGCGUACGGCUCCAUCAGCUACCAGAUCCGAGAGGCCAACGAGGAGGCGUCCGGUUUCUUCGACUUCAUGGGACGCGCCCUCGCCAUUGUGGGCACGUCGGUGGUGGUGACCGUUCUGCUGGCGAUGUUCUCUGUGCUGCCCCUGCUGAUGAUGAUCAUAGGUGUUCAGUACCUGCAGGAAUGCCCUAAGGAGCCCAACAUCCCGCUGUACCUGCUGAUCGGCGGCGCGUUCGGCCUCAUCAAGGUGGGCACGCUGCUCUACCACCAGAUGCGGCGGCGGCGCUACGAGCGCCUCGACGACGCCUUGGCCGACGGUGACAUCGACGAGCUGUGGUCCUCCACUUCGACCAAGGUCACCGAGUAUGCGCUCACCAUCUUCCUGCUGGUCUGGUUUGGCAUGGGCAACUACUGGGUGCUGCACAUCUACCGGCCCCGUUACGAACCACUGCUACGAGAACCCAACAACUACUGCGACAAGACCGUGUACACGUUCGCACUCAUACACCUGCUCGUAUGCUACGGCGUCAUCGGCCUCUGGGUCAUCGAAGUGAUCUGCCUCGCGCUGUGCGUGAGGGUGUUCGGACUAUGGUGCAAGAAGUGAACGACGCCACCCGUCGCUCCGACCGCAAGCGGACAUAUUCGCGCGCCGUGCCUCUCCCCCCGACUCGCUCACGUGAUCCUCGAAACGGACUGUGUCACCACGUAGAUUAUCUGUGAGCUUGUAUGAAGCUUCUUGAAAACAGCUUUUGACUCAGUGGCGCAGGCUGGAGACGCAGUGUGUCGCGCAGUAUGCAGUGGGACAAGAUUGUCCGAGUGAUGAACAUUGUACUUCGACACGCAGCGAUCAAGCUCGAUUGCGAGGCGUCAUCGCACCAACUUGGCCCCACGCUGAAGAGCGGGGGUGACGACCGCUGCUUCCGUUAAUGCAGCAGUGCGCGUUCGUUGGAGACAGUGCAUGAUCGGCAAGAAAUGCACGUGUUUAACUGAAAGGUCAACUGUUACUGUUGCUCGAGUGUUUAAAUGUUUGCCCUUGCGGCUCUUUUUUUUUUUUCUUUAUUUUCGCGUUGACCAUGUUCCCGUGUGCCGCGGCGUUUUGAGCUUCUGGGGGGGGGGGGGGGGAUAUAGGAGCUAUGUACUCGUCAGCAGUUGCGCCUUGCGUGACAGAGGCAGCUAUUGGCAUUGCCGAGUGAUUGACACGCCCUUCAUAAGAGUGACCGACACCCUUCUUGAUUACUGAAGUGGUCUGCCUUUCUUUUAGAGAUGUACUCUCGUCUCCGUAUUGUAGAUCUAGCAAGAUUCAACUUAAACAGAUUGUUAAUAAGGCAUUAGAACUAGCUUCCCUCUUUGGGUACUAGUUUUCAAUCGUGGUCUUAGCUUCGUUCGCCAUAGUCAAAUAUGAGAAUCAACUUGAUCGAGCCUUAAGCGAUGAAACUAGCUUGCUGUUGCAAUGUGCCUCUUCUCUGCUUGGUGAAUGAUUUCAGGUGCCCUCGUCACACCAAUUCGAGCUAUGCUUGGAAUACGAGGUACGGCUUCAAAAUACCCGCCUAACAGUGUGGCGACGCGGGUGGUAGUACACCGUGAAACUGAUGUUCCGCUCGUUCAGACAGCUCAUCUGUGUCGCGUUAAGCAACAAGCUCCUCAGUCCACGGCUGCAGUGAGCGAGUAUACUACGAUUGCUAUGAUGAAGAGCACACUUGUGACGUGAGUGACGCGUUCUGUACUGUGCCUCCCAAAAGACUCGUCGCUGUCCAACCAGCGCUUAGGGCUUUGUAGUCUUCGGGAUCUGAUGUUUCUACGAGCAGCGUCCACAACACUGUCCUUGUAUAGCUACAAGACAUCCUACACAGCACUGAUUCAUGGCCUCUGAAACCAUGCGUGCCACUGUAAGGUAACCCAUGUGUCCCUCGAUCUCUGGGACACAAGAUUUCGUCGCCCCUGGUGUGUUUUCGAAUCAUGUGGCGGAGCAAACAGAACUGCGCAAGGUAGUAGAAGAAAUAAGUCGAUCCUAUCUCGCUAAGGAUCAACAACUUCUGUCGGAAACGACCACAAGUUAAACAUGAAAAUGAGCCGAUCGCGUGCUACAGGGUAAAAUGUUUACAGUAUUGAUGCCCCUAACUCCCCCUUCAAAGGGGGAUUUCUUUAGGGGCUCCAAAUUGAGGCACCGAAGCGAAGUUUUGAAGCAUAGAGAGCACUGUAUUUCGUUCGAAUGUUUCUUUUUCGCUUCAGCACCGCGUCGUAUCAAGCACAUUCAAUAUUUCGAAGAAAGACUGCUUCGGACAACUAAGGUUCAGAGAUGAAAAAGACUUCGCGAGUUUGGAGUUUGUUGAUCGUCUAAAGAGGACAGGUGCUGAUUCAAGUGUCUUCUCCGUGUUUUAUGGGUCUCUUAUAAAGCUAAUGUACAUCUAUAAAAUGGUCCAGAAUCCUGUUCUGUGUCACCAAACAGACCCGUACACGGUUGGGACAGUUAAACGUUGACCUGCUUCCCCAAGAACGUGAAACAUUCCGAGUGCACAUAAAUAUUGCUCACUGCUCCCUGUCUGCCUGCCUUAAUAUACGAGCAACGCGAGGUCUGCACUCUUGGCUUUCCUCUGCUGUCAGCCAGUCACAUAUAUACACAUAUGUUCAAGCACAAGCCGCGCAAAUGUAUCUUAACAUGUCUACGCAUUUCCUAUGCUGUUUAUUACGCAGCCUAAUGUUGGCGAGCCCUGAAAACAUGUGCGUGUUAACUGUGUCCCAUGUAUUCUCGUACCUUCUCUGUUUACAUCUAAUCGCAGACGUUGCUGGACACGCAAGACAAGGCGCCGCGCUGUUAUCGCGGCGAUGAUCUUCAUGUUGGAAACCUUGAUACACAGCUAUUAAAGGGUGAAUCUAUCUGGAAA